GCGAUGCCCCAGCUUGCUGGUCAGCGCAACGUUCGCAUGCUCCGCCACGGCUCACAGCUCACACCUCCAACAUGGCGUUUAAGUUCUCCUUGGGUGCGGCUAAGGCCAACAAGGCCCAAUUGAACGCGAAGGCCAAGGAAGAAGAGGAGGAAAAGGCGCGCGAGGAGAAAAAUGCAUUGGACAAGGUCAUGGCCGAGUUCGAGGAGGAGCAUGGCGCCGGCAGCAAGGUCCUUGGUGAGCCAGAGCGCCACGAAGAGGAGAAAGUCUUUGUUCCUACAGGAAACAAAAGGCAUUUCACAGGGAGACAACGCAACAUGAAGAGCGGACCCGGAACCCUCGAAGCCGACCCUCUCGACGAAUUCAGAAGCGCAGGCCCCGGACGUCUGAACGCCCCCACGCAACCACGAUUUGGCGGUGCACCUCCUACAGGUCCAGGCAGCCUCAAUGGCGCUAAGCAGAAGGAGAAUCUCUACACGACGGUCGUAGCGAAGGCGUCAAACCUUCCUCCAGCAAUGGAUUCGAAACGAGUGGAGGAGCUGUUCGCAGAAUUCCCGUCGCUGAAGGUGACCAAGGUCGAGAAGAUCCCUCCACAUGGACCGGCUACAAAAGGGCGACCGAGCGCGGCGAUGAAGGUUACUUUUGACAAGGACGCGAACGCCCGCGAUCUCGACGAUGCUAUGAACAGGCUGAAUGACAAGAAAUACCUGGGAAGAGGAUACUACUUGCAUUUGGACCGGUAUCUUGGUGGGCGCGUAGUGGGCACGGAACAGCGCACAGAGCCAUUUGGCGCUCGAUGGCAGGCGCCCGAGGUAGCCAAAGGGUAUGCUCCUCCACCAGACCUCGGAGGUGGAGCCAGGGACAGAGACCGUCCUCGAGGGGACACUGAACGCCUGGUAAUUACCGCCAAUCAGCCGCCCGACAUGGCAACACUGCGCCUCGUGCAUAUGACCAUUGAAGGCGUCAUCAAUGGCGGUGUAGAGUUUGAAGCUGGUCUGAUGAACGACCCGCAAGUCCAAGAGGAAGAACGCUUUGCCUGGCUGUUCGAUCAGAAGCACCCUGUGAACCGAUAUUACAGAUGGAGGAUGCACCAGAUUGUAUGCGACACACCGAACUCUGAAAUCUUUGCUCGUCAAGGCAUGUGGCAAGGACCAACAGAUCCGCUUGCGGACGAGUUCGCCAAUCAUCUGGGGGCAUUCGAUGCCGAACACGAAGAGUCUGACGAUGAUGAAGAUGAGGAGAAGCCCCAGCAAAGACAACUGCCUGUGGGCGACAACUACCCCGGGCGCGUUGACAAUGGCCACGGCAUCAUGAGCCCUCGAUCGAGGGCAAUGUUCCUCUGGCUCCUCACCUCGUUACCGCCUGGGAGCAUUCUUGCAGACGACAUAGCCGCCAUCUCUGUGUUUGCUGUCGAACAUGCGUCUCAAGGGAUGGACGAAGUCAUCCACAUACUCAUCUCGAACCUGAUCGAGCCCUUCCAGACGACGGAGACCAACACAAGAAGGCGUCUGGGUGACACGGAAGGCCGAGAAGAGCGCAGACGCGCCGAUCUGCGACAGUCUACCGUCAACGCACUCCGCAUCAUUUCCGACGUGCUGCUGACUACAUCGAGAGAGUCUGGGGCAUCGUACAAAUACCGACUAGCCAUCGGCACACAGCUCGUUGAGCGUAAGGCAUUUGAGCAUCUCCAGAGACUGCCCGCGCAGCUCGAGAUGGGUCGCAUGACUGAGAAGACGUAUCGCGACGAGGUGAACAGCAUCCUUACCGUCUGGAAGGACGAGCACCUGUUUGACAAGCCUGCGCUGGAGCACCUGGACGAAGCAUUCAACGCGCAAGAGAGACAGAAGGAGCAAGCCGAGCAAGAGAGGAAAUUAGCAGAGAAGAGGAACCGACGAAAGGCUGCUGUAAAGGCCACUACAAGCACAAGAGUGGACAUGGACAACGAGGAUGACAAGAUGGACAUUGAUCAAGAGGAUGGGGAGGAUAUCACAGCACUUGAUGGAUCGAACGAUGGUACACCGCAGGCAGUGCCGGAUACAGUAUUGCCCGCUGGACUGGGGGGGACAGUCGCUGAAGCGGCACCUGCAGUCAAUGCAGCCGCGGCAGAGCCUGAGAUUCCUGGCGAGACUGCAGCCGCGCGGGCGAGGCGCCUGCGACCGAGGGCGGAAGACAUGUUUGCAUCUGACGGAGAGUGAAUAAUGCAGUGUUGACUUGUACAUGAUACAGCGUUGAUUUGUACAUGAUACCCUAGACUAGACGAGCAAGCGCCGUUCUGUCGAUCACAAAGGUUUGC